AUGGGACCCCCGAGGGCGCGCGAAUACUCCGUGGAGGUUCCCGGGACCGGUGGACGCGAAGAGACGGCGAUCAGGAGGAACUCCGCGUACGUCGAUGCCCUCGUCACUGGGUUUCCGCCGCCGCACGAUCGCGUGUGGACGUUGCACGACGCGUGGGAGAGCGCGUUGUCGAGGCACGCGAGAGAAAAGUGUCUGGGCGCGCGCGUCGUCGAUCGUGCGACCGGUGCGGCGGGUUCGUACGCGUUCAAGACGUUUGAAGAGGUGGGACGGGAACGAGCGAUGGCGGGGGGGGCGCUCGCGGCGCUCGGGAUCGGGAAAGGGGCGAGGGUUGGAUUGUAUUCGAUCAACUCGCCGGAGUGGGUGGCGUGCGAGGCGGCGAUGACGAGACAGGGCGUGACCUCGGUACCGCUCUACGACACGUUGGGUCCGGACGCGGUGGUGUACAUCUGUAAUCACGCGUCGUUGGCUGCGGUGGCGUGCUCGCAGGCGGUGCUAAAGACGAUGGUGGGAUGCCUCCGGGAGACGCCGACGGUGAAGCUCGUCGUGUGCUACGGCGGACGAGGCGCCGGAAGCACGGACGAGGCACUCGUCCGCGACGCGCGACCGAGUUUACCCGCGGGCGUGCGUCUGGUGACGUACGAAGAGUUUUUGGCCAUCGGGGCGCAGAAUCCGACGCCUCCAACCCCGGCAUCACCGGACGAACUGGCGACGAUUUGUUACACGUCUGGCACCACGGGCGCGCCCAAGGGCGUGAUGCUCACGCAUCGAAACUUAAUAUCCAACGCCGCCGGAUAUGCGUUUGAUUUGGAUAUCUCGCCGUCAGACUGUCACAUCUCGUACCUUCCGUUGGCGCACAUUUACGAGCGAGUGACAAUGUUGGUCGUCCUGUUCAACGGCGCGCACGUCGGCUUCUAUCGAGGCGACGUCUUGCAACUUCUCGACGACAUCAACGAGCUCAAGCCCACGGUUUUCUGCUCGGUGCCGAGGCUUUGGAACAGGAUAUACGACAAAGUGAACGCUGGCGUCCGUGAGGGUAGCAUCGUGGCGCAGAAGCUGUUUCACUGGGCGUACGAGUCAAAGAAGCGAGCGCUCGACAGAGGCCAGGCGCCAAACGCCUUCUUCGAGAAGGUGGUGUUUUCCAAACUCCGCGCAAAACUCGGAGGCCACGUUCGAUACAUGUCCACUGGUUCAGCUCCGAUCAGCGCCGAGGUCAUGCAAUUUCUCCGCGUAUGCUUCGGCGGAACCGUCUUUGAGGGCUACGGCAUGACUGAGUCCGCGUGCGUCAUCUCGAAGACGUCCCAGGAGGACUUCACGACGGGUCAUGUGGGUGCUCCCGCGCCGUGCUGCGAGAUCAAACUCGUGGACGUUCCAGAUAUGCGGUACACUCAUCAGGAUCGUCCUCAUCCUCGAGGAGAGAUCUGGGUCCGCGGUCCAAGUGUUUUUGUCGGGUACUAUAAGAACGAAGAGGAGACAAACGCAGUGCUCGAUUCGGACGGAUGGCUGCGAACCGGCGAUAUCGGAACCUUCCUACCGGGCGGACGCCUGAAAAUCAUCGAUCGUAAGAAGAAUAUCUUUAAACUCGCUCAGGGAGAAUACGUUGCACCGGAUAAGAUUGAACAAAUCUACGCCCGCAACAGGUUCGUAGCCCAGAGCUUUGUCUACGGAGACAGCCUGCAAGCGCAUCUCGUCGCGAUCGUCGUCCCAGACGAAGAGGUCUUACUUCCUUGGGCGAAGACGUCCGCGGAUUUAUCAAAGUUGGACUUCAAAUCGCUUUGCGCUCAUCCAAAGGUGAAGAAGCAUAUUCUGGAUAGCAUGGUUCGCACGGGCUCCGAGGCGGGACUGAAGGGGUUCGAGCAGGUCCGCGCAAUCGAGCUCUCACCGGAGCUCUUCUCGGUCGAAAACGGGCUCUUCACCCCGACUUUUAAGUUGAAACGACCACAGGCGCUCGAGCGAUUCAAGCACUCGAUCGACGCCAUGUACGCCGCAACGUCCAGGUAG